ACGGAGGGGGUCGCCCUCCGCCCCGCAGAGGGGUAGCCGGGGCGGGGGGCUGCUGCGGCGCCGCGCUCCCCGCGGCUGCUGAGCGGGACGGGAGAGGAGCCGGGGCCGCCGCCCGCCGCCGAGCAUGGAGUGGAGUUACCUGUUGGAAAUCGCCUCGCUGCUCGCCGCCCUGUCCCUGCUGCAGCGCGCCGGCUGCGCUGCCGCCUCGGCCGCCGCCGCCGCGUCCUCCUCCUCCUCGUCGUCGUCCUCCUCCUCGGCCAAGGAGCUGUCGUGCCAGGAGAUCACCGUGCCCCUCUGCAAAGGCAUCGGCUACAACUACACCUACAUGCCCAACCAGUUCAACCACGACACGCAGGACGAGGCCGGGCUGGAGGUGCACCAGUUCUGGCCGCUGGUGGAGAUCCAGUGCUCCAGCGACCUGCGGUUCUUCCUCUGCAGCAUGUACACCCCCAUCUGCCUGGAGGACUACAAGAAGCCGCUGCCGCCCUGCCGCAGCGUCUGCGAGCGGGCCAAGGCCGGCUGCGCCCCGCUCAUGCGCCAGUACGGCUUCGCCUGGCCCGACAGGAUGCGCUGCGACCGCCUCCCCGAGCAGGGCAGCCCGGACACGCUCUGCAUGGACUACAACCGCACGGACCUCACCACGGCCGCCCCGCCGCCCGCCAAGCCCCCGCUCCGCGGCGCCAGGCCCGGCGGCCCCGCCAAGGCCCCCCCCCCCGCCGCCGCCGCUCCGCCGGCCGAGGCCCCGCGCAAGCCGCGGCCGCCGCCGCCCUGCGAGCCGGGCUGCCAGUGCCGGGCGCCCAUGGUGUCGGUGUCCAGCGAGCGGCACCCGCUCUACAACCGCGUCAAGACGGGGCAGAUCGCCAACUGCGCCCUGCCCUGCCACAACCCCUACUUCAGCCCCGACGAGCGCGCCUUCACCGCCUUCUGGAUCGGGCUCUGGUCCGUGCUCUGCUUCCUCUCCACCUUCGCCACCGUCUCCACCUUCCUCAUCGACAUGGAGCGCUUCAAGUACCCCGAGCGCCCCAUCAUCUUCCUGGCCGCCUGCUACCUCUUCGUCUCCCUCGGCUACCUGGUGCGCCUGGUGGCCGGCCACGAGAAGGUGGCGUGCAGCGGCGGCGCGGGGGCGGGCGGCGCGGGGGCCGGGGCGGCGGGGGCCGGCGGCGGCGCGGCGGCGGGGGCGGCGGCGGCGGCGGGGGGGCGCGGCGCGGCGGGCGGCGCGGCCGAGCUGCAGCCCGAGCUGGCGGGGGCCGAGCACGUGCGGUACGAGAGCACCGGCCCGGCGCUGUGCACCGUGGUCUUCCUGCUCGUCUACUUCUUCGGCAUGGCCAGCUCCAUCUGGUGGGUCAUCCUCUCCCUCACCUGGUUCCUCGCCGCCGGCAUGAAGUGGGGCAACGAGGCCAUCGCCGGCUACGCGCAGUACUUCCACCUGGCCGCCUGGCUGCUGCCCAGCGUCAAGUCCAUCGCCGUGCUGGCCCUCAGCUCCGUGGACGGGGACCCCGUGGCCGGCAUCUGCUACGUGGGCAACCAGAGCCUGGAGAACUUGCGGGGCUUCGUGCUGGCGCCGCUGCUCAUCUACUUGGCCAUCGGCUCCAUGUUCCUGCUCGCCGGCUUCGUCUCACUCUUCCGCAUCCGCAGCGUCAUCAAGCAGCAGGGCGGCCCCACCAAGACCCACAAGCUGGAGAAGCUGAUGAUACGCCUGGGGCUCUUCACCGUGCUCUACACCGUGCCAGCCGCCAGCGUGGUCGCCUGCCUCUUCUACGAGCAGCACAACCGGCCCCGCUGGGAGGCCACGCACAACUGCCCCUGCCUGCGCGACCAGCAGCCCGAUCAGGCCCGCCGCCCCGACUACGCUGUCUUCAUGCUCAAGUACUUCAUGUGCCUGGUGGUGGGCAUCACCUCCGGUGUCUGGGUCUGGUCCGGCAAGACCCUCGAGUCCUGGAGGGCCCUCUGCACCCGCUGCUGCUGGGCCAGCAAAGGUGCUGCCGUGGCUGGGGGCACAGGGGCGGGAGCAGGCGGGCAGGCGGCAAUCGCCGCAGCGGGAGGACUUGGCGCCGGAGGCGGUGGCUCCCUCUACAGCGAUGUCAGCACCGGCCUGACGUGGAGAUCGGGCACCGCCAGCUCUGUCUCCUACCCCAAGCAGAUGCCCCUCUCUCAAGUGUGAGGAGGGGGAAAGAGGCCAAAGGUUAGGGAAGGAGGGACACCGGCCUGCCUAAAAUGCCCCCUCACUGUUUGGUGCCAUUAAUGAACCCCUAAUGGUCCUUAUUAGCCACAGCUUGUAUAGAACAAUGCAGCUGGCAGAGGCCCCAGGCUCCAGCCCCCUCCUCCUUCCCCUCCAUUCAUAUGCAGGGAGCAUGUACUUCAAGGAGCCAGCUUAUUAUUUUGCUGGCAGAGGAGGGUAGAGGCUCACCCGUGUCUUGCAGAGGGCAAGGCGCAGCGGCUUCUGAUUCGCUCUGGACUAAUAGCUCUCCGCUCGUGGGAGGGAGGGUCUUCCUUCCCCCCCCAUCCUGAGGUGGGAGUGUGCUGGGACUGCAGGUUUUUGGGAUCUUGACGACCAGGCAAAUGCCUUACAAUACAGACUGAAUCAAAACAUGUCUUAAUUAUACACCCCAGCUAAAUACGGGUUUCCUACAUUAAAGGAUGUAUUUAUAUAAUUAUUUGUUACCUUGUACAGAUGUGUAAAAUAUGUAUAUAUCCAAAGCUAUACAGUCUGUAAAUUUUUUUUGUAAAAAAGUUUAGAGGCUACCCCUGUAAGAACAAAUAUGAGUAUUCUAUUUUGUCAAUAAAAUGACUUUUGAUAAAUGACUUUUUCAAGCUUUCCCCCUACUCCUGCCCUGGUUUUUCCAGCUGCUAUGACUUUAGGUGGUUCUGUAAACUAUGAACUGCAUUCAUGCUCCAGUUGCUAACUGUGUAAUAGAUGGCUGCCUCUGUUAAAGCGGUGAGAUACGCAGACACAAGGAAAACAAGUCAUUCAACAAGUUGUUCUGAAAAAGUGUUUGCCAAAACGGGGAGGUGCCUUACCAUAGUUCUCCCCUGCUUUUUGAAAGACGACAGUGUCUUUAAACUGAGCCUUUACAAAAGAGUCAUCUCACAUGGCAUGUUAAGUAUCCUUUUAAAAUGGGUGUUAUUUUAGGAAUGUGCGCACACGCCUCUCAUAUCGGUUGUCUGCACUUCUGUAAGCACCUGCCUUUCCGGGGAUGCAUGCUGAAGUGUAAAAGGUUAACGUUUUAAAUUCAUAGAUCACGUACUACGGUGGAACAGCGAGUUGAGAUUUGUUAGAUCAA